UAUACAACAAAUAUGGCGUCUCCCGGCGAGGCAACGGUGAAGGAUUCACACGUGGGGAAAAAGAAGAAGCCCCCAGCUCGUUACUGGCAGGAGCUCCAGGAGAAGGGGAAAGAUGAAAACAAGGUGGGAAAAGACGGAGAACAAGCUGAACAGGCUCUGCAAAAGACGGAACAAAAGACACAGAAAGCAAAGAAAAGAAAGCAAGAAGAGGGCCAAAGAGAUGGAAAUACAUUCAUAUCAGGGAAAUCAGACCCUUUCCCUGGGCCUGCUCCUAUUCCAGAAGACAGGGUGCAGAAGUUCAAGAGGAAAGAUAAAACUAAAAAGACUCGCCGCCAGCAUUUCAAGCUGAGAGACAUGAUAGCUCGCUCAGAAGAAGCUUCAGAAAUGGCCCAGAAACAAGCAGCCCGGUUCGACCUCCUACUCCCAGAGGAUGCAGGGUUUCUAGAAGGAGAUGAAGAUGAGGACACAUGCAUGAUCUCUCAGGAAGAUAUUGCAGAUGCUGUGGAUAUAGCAUCUGGGGCAAAGUAUUUUAAUCUGAAACUGUCUCAGUUUGGACCAUAUCGAGUGGAUUACAGCAGGACUGGACGUCACCUGGUGCUUGCUGGGAGGAGAGGCCAUGUCGCUUGUGUAGAGUGGCAGUCCAAACAGUUAAUGUCUGAGAUAAACGUGAUGGAGUCUGUGAAUGAUGUAAAGUGGCUCCAUAGUGAGACCAUGUAUGCAGUGGCUCAGAAGAAGUGGCUGCAUAUCUAUGACUCUAACGGAAUAGAGCUUCACUGCAUCCGCAAAUUCAAUGAUGUCCUUCGUAUGCAGUUCCUCCCCUACCACUUUUUGCUGGCCACAGCCAGUGCUACAAGUUUCCUGCAGUACCUGGAUGUGUCUGUGGGAAAGGAGGUUGCAGCCAUCUGCACCAAGACUGGCCGGCUUGACGUGAUGUGUCAGAACCCUCAUAAUGCCAUCAUCCACCUAGGCCACCACAACGGCACGGUCAGCCUCUGGUCACCCAACCAGAAAGAAGCCCUUGUCAAGAUGCUCUGUCACCAGGGCGCUGUGCGCUCCGUUACUGUGGACAAGACGGGCACAUACAUGGUGACAUCUGGCAUGGAUAAAAAGAUGAAGAUAUAUGACAUUCGAGCCUUCAAGCCCCUCAAAUCCUACUUCCUCCCUGCUGGAGCUUCCUGUUUGUCACUGAGCCAGAGGGGGCUGCUGUCUUCAGCCACAGGAGAUAUUGUUCAGGUGUACAGGGACGUGUGGAGCACUCCAGUGACUAAACCCUACAUGGCGCACAGAGUUCGAGGAACAGUGUGGGGGCUUCACUUUUGUCCCUUUGAGGAUGUCCUCGGGGUGGGACAUGGAGACGGUUUCACCAGCAUGCUCAUACCAGGUGCGGGAGAGCCUAACUUUGAUGGUCUGGAUGCCAAUCCGUACCGCAGUGCAAAGCAGAGGCAGGAGUGGGAGGUUAAAGCCCUGCUGGAGAAGAUCCAGCCGGAGCUCAUCACCCUCGACCCCAACGAGCUGGGACAGGUUGACCGUGCCACCUUUGAGCAAAGGCACCAAGACAGGGUCCAAGCUCUGGGCUUUGACCCACUUGCCAAAGAAAAAUUUAUUCCCAAGUAUAAGAAAAAAGGUCGUAGUUCUGCUGGCAGUGUUGAAAGGCGCAAGAAACAAGUGGCUCAUGAGGACCAGCGGGAUGCAAUCAGGAAAACUGUGGAGGACAAAAUGAAAAUGGAAAAAGAGAGAAAGGCGAGGGAGAAGCAGGCAUCGAUAUUAUCAAACCAGAGAUCUGCUUUGGACAGAUUCAAAAAAUAGACCCUUUGUGCAGCCCGAAGCCCAGUGACAUUCUGAGGGAGUGACCUUUGAACUUCAUGUGAAGAAAACAUUUUUUGGACACACUACUCCACUGUGGGAACAAAACAUGAACUGCAGAAAUUCUGGAUGUAGUCGGCUCCCUCAAGUCAAGACUUGAAUUCCGAAAGAUGGCACACUCCAUUAAUAUCUGUAGUCCAGCCAUGUCUAAAUUAUGCCGAACAGGGCCGUGUGGCUGCAAGUUUUCAUUCCAACGAAGGACGAGUACACCAGGAUGGACUCAAUCAGAUGAUCUCAAUUUUCAUCUGAUAAUGGAAUUAGGUGACCUCUUGAUUGAUUGGAACAAAAAAACUACAGCCACAUGGCCCUUUAUGCAACAGUGUGGGCAUGCCUGGAUAAUACGAGGUGCCAUGGCCGACAUUUGGGUCACCCAGAAUUUGUGUUCAGUUGUAUUUGCUCUACUGACAAACAGGUUUUUCUACUCAUUUUGGACCUUUUUGAGGAUUGUGUUAGCUGAACUCACUGAGCUUAUGUCAAAUGUUUUAUAUAAAUAUAUUCUAAAAAUAAACAACAUAAUGCUAAGCCUCUAAACUUGGAGGUUUAUUUGAGAUCACAACCAAAUUUAGAACAUGUUGAAAUAUGCUCACACAUUGU